GGAUUUGAACUUCUGUCUUCCUGACUCUAGUCCUGGCAUUCUACUAUGGGGUCCAAAGAGUCCAACGUACCUGAAAAGCAACUGAACAAAUGCUACGCACAUUACAAUAAAAGUUGCCUGAUUGGUUAAACCUAAAGACCUCAGCUACUGAUUUAAGAAUUCUCUAUUUGAAAAAAAAAUGCUAGUGAAACUAGAUGAUAGUAGAGCCAAAAGUAGAUUUAGAUCAAUACCUCAUGCCAUGUUAAAAGUUAAGCUAGAAAUGGAUAUAUGGCAUAGAUAUUAAAGAUCUUAUUAUAAAGAAAUUAGAGGAAUAAGGAAGAAAUUGCCUUUCAGAUUUAUUUAUAAGGUAGAGUUCAUGAUAAAAAAGAGAAAAAACCUACACAGCUAAAAUAAGACCAGAAACAUUUAACUGGGAAAAAUAUUUCUAAUGGUUUUUAGUUCUCAUAUCCAAGAUAUGGCAUUGAUUCAAAGUUAUAACAAUAAGAGGUACUACAUACUCAAAUAAUAUGGAUGGACAGUUUUUUAAAAGAAGACAUUUAAACUAUCAUAUGAAAAAGUGCUCCAAAUGACUAAUAAUUAGAAGAAAUGCAAUUAACAUUACUCUUAAAGUUCUGACUUUUACCCUCAAGUUGGCACAUAAAGCAAAAUGACAAAUGUUGGAGAAAGUAGAGGAGAAAGGAAAGCAGAAAGGGGAGGAAUGAAAAGAAUUGAAGGAAUUGUUAAAAUUUGCAGGGCGUGUUCCAAGGCAAGAUGCUUCUUGAUGUGACCAUGGAGUAGGCAGUAAAUGGCAUAGUUUGACUCCAUGUAGGUUCCAACACAUCAUUAUUGAAAAGAGAUAGAGUAAGAAUUGGGGAAAUGAAAUAGGGAAGAACCAGUAGACUUGACCCAGUAAAUACAGAGCAAAUGUAUUUUAAAGGCACUUAAGGCUUGAUUUUAAAGUGCCUCACAAAGCAUCCUUAAAGAAUUGAGAAAAUAACACAAAUGAUUUUUUAAAAAGGGGAUUGUAAGAAUCACAGCCCAUCAAUAACUUCUGGCUCACAGAUAUAAUUUCUCUUAAUUUUUUUGAAAGUAUUCUGUGAACAUAUUGAAGAUAUCCUUGAUGAAAAUAGGCGAAUGGAACAAGCAGGCUUUUGAAGAUGAUUGUUUAAAGUGGACAUAUCUUCAUUCACACAGUUGCUGAGAGGAAUGAAUUGAAAUUCCUGGUAGAUGAGAACUUUGAGUGGGUGGAUAACAAAAAGAAUGCUGUGAAGGUGGUAGAAGGACCACCAGAAGUCAGAGGACAAGAGCUGCUGCUGUCUCUCCCAGGAGAUGGGUUGGUGAUCUCUCACCGCCCUGUCCUUCAGGGACUCUUCUCACACCAGGAUCCAGGUUGCUGAAGCUAGCCAUGGUGAGGCUGAAUUUGCCAUAUAGACAAACCUCCACCAUGCUCUCCAGUUGUCAGGGCAACUGCAGCAUUAUCUGUAUGAAAAAGCAAAAUAUCCAAACGGAGUUAUGAGCAGUAUCCUUAUGAGAAGAUUGAUUCAUUCAGAUGUCUCAGAAAGUCCACCUACACAAAGAAAUACAUCAGCUCCUGUGAUUCCACUUUGAUCUACAUAAGCAAUUUCUUGUAUAAGAUACUCAACAAUACCAUCUACUCUUCGAAUGGCUACUCAAAGGAAGCAUUUGGUGAAAGACUUCAAUCCUCAUAUUACCUGUUACAUCUGUAAAGGGUAUCUCAUCAAGCCAACUACAGUGACAGAGUGUCUCCACACCUUUUGUAAGACUUGCAUAGUCCAACACUUUGAAGAUAGUAAUGACUGCCCAAAGUGUGGCAAUCAGGUUCAUGAAACAAAUCCAUUAGAAAUGUUACGACUGGACAAUACAUUAGAAGAAAUUAUAUUUAAACUGGUUCCUGGACUACGAGAACAGGAACUUGAGCGUGAGACAGAAUUUUGGAAGAAAAACAAACCUCAAGAAAAUGGACAAGAUGAAACUUCAAAAGCUGACAAACCCAAAGUCGAAGAAGGUGAUGAAAAUCAAGAUGAUAAGGACUAUCAUAGAAGUGAUCCACAAAUUGCCAUCUGUCUUGAUUGCUUACGUAAUAAUGGGCAAUCGGGGGACAAUGUGGUAAAGGGUUUAAUGAAGAAAUUUAUCCGAUGUUCUACACGUGUGACUGUGGGAACUAUUAAAAAAUUUCUAAGUUUAAAGCUAAAGCUUCCAAGUUCUUAUGAGCUGGAUGUUCUAUGCAAUGGUGAAAUUAUGGGGAAGGACCACACUAUGGAAUUCAUCUACAUGACACGAUGGCGACUAAGAGGAGAAAAUUUUCGGUGUCUGAACUGCUCAGCUUCGCAAGUCUGCUCACAGGAUGGCCCUUUUUAUCAGUCUUACCCCAUGGUAUUGCAGUAUCGACCAAGAAUUGAUUUUGGUUAAACCAAAGGGCAUAAAUCCCACCAAGAAGAAUCCUGCACUAUUUGUUUACCCAUCGACAGAUUGCACAAUGAAUGGAUGUGUUGGACUAGGGAGACACAACUAGAAUUUCAGCAUGCAAAUAAGAACAUUGUCAUUCUUUAAAUUGUCAACUGCAUCUUUGUCGUUUCUUUUGAGAACAAACCAAGUGCCAUUCUGCUACUGAAAUCUCCACGUAAGAUACCUAUACUGUCCAACCAUUGCAUUGCAAGUCAUAGCUGAAACCAGUCCAGUGUAUCACCAAGAUUCAUUCGGCUAACUGUUUUGCUCGCCUCUUCCAAGACUGUCCUAAACCAAUGUUGAUUACACUAGGAAAUGGCAGUACUCAGUCUUUGUGGUGUUACAGUUUUCACAUAUUUACUAUUUUAUUGAUUAUUGUUUAAAAUAAUAGUACUGUAUGAGAACUUAAUGAUUAUAUCUUGGAAUUAUUUUGUAUAGAAAAUAUACUUAGAAAGUGGUUACCAUACCACUGUCCUGUUCUUGUUAAAAAUUCCCAUGUGUACAAUAGAGUUUCUUCAUGUACAAGAGUCCUUUUUUCAGCGAAUAUUAAUUAUUCUUCAGAUAACAUUAAAAAGCGCAAUUAUAGUCAUUUUUAGUUGUCUAAAUAGAAUCUAUUAGUACCUCUGGAAAGCCUUUUUUGGCUUCCUGGGUGCAAUUUUAUGUAACAUGUAAAAAUUGAACUGAGAUUCAUAAAUAUUCAGGACAUUGGCAGCUGAUCACAUUUACAAAGUCAGUGUGUGAGUGAAGUUAUUACUUCCUCCAUAAUGCCUUAUGGACAAGCAGGAGCUGUGAUGUGAAGCUACAUUGUAUUUUCCAUUUUAUAUAUGUCUCCCUGUUUGAUUUUAUUCAAGUUAGAGUACAUUUUGAAAAAGUUGGCCUUAGGUGUGUGUCAUUGUGGCAUGCAAAAAGUUCUGAUGACUUUAACAUUAAAUGUUAGAAUUUGUAGUCGUUAUGACAUUAGACAUUUUGUGGUUUUCAAAAGUCUCAAAGAAAAUUGUAUAUUAACAUUUUUUUGUCAGCUGUCACAUUUCCAAACAGUAUUUUUUAAAACAAAGGUAACGUGAUAUGGCAGAUGAGCAGACUAACCAAAAUCAUUGGUUAAGGGGAUUUCAUUUUAGAUCCUUUUAAAUAAUCAAAGAAAAUGGGACAUUUGCCUUAUACAGAAAAAAAUUUUUUUGGGAAAAAUUAAGUUUUAUUGACAGUAGAGCUAAAAUAAAAAACUUAAUUUUAUAGUUUUUGUAGAUACAUGUCCUUUGCUACUUUCCAUUCAUUUUUAGAUUCGUUUUCAAGUUGAGAGUUCUAUCUUACUAUUAUUCUACAAAAGUAGAUCUUAUAUCAUUUCAUUAACAACCACCAUUUGAAGUAACUUUAAAGUGACAUUGAUAUUCAAAAAAGAGGAAAAUUACUUAAACUAAUUUAUAUCAAUAAUUAGAAAACAAAUUAACUUGUUUUCUUAAUCAAUUAGGUGGGGAGGAAACUUCAAGGGUAAGAAUUAAACUCUCUGCUUUAGAAAUUGACAAGAGCAGUUUGUGUGUUAAAUACUGUCUAAUGCACUGUAUGUAUACUAAAAUUUCCAGUAAAAUGUAGCUUGUAAAUUUUCUGAAUCAGCUCCUUAGUACUAGUAAUAAUAUAGCUAAAAUCUUAAUAUAUUUUACAAUAUAUAAAAGUAUAUAACUUCAUAAGUCCUUUUUAACAUAUCUUUGAUAGAACUUUUUGAUUUAAAAAUUAUUCAUUCUGACUUUGUUAGAAAAUUAAUAGCAAUAUUUUUAGGCUUUUGUUUGUCCUGGUGGUUUUUUGUGAGAGUUUGCAAGCCAAUUUAAACAAGCAAACUGGGAAAGGGGGCAUUUAUUUGUCUUUGAAUAUUUGGAAACAGAUUUUUACCCUUGCCCAAUAAAACCCUCUUGAAUUCAAUAAAUAACUAAAGAAAUUCUUUUGUUUUGCUGCCAAGUUUUACUGCCUGAUUCCCCUCUUGUAUUAGAAAAUCCAGUAUAAAUUUGUCAUAGCCUGGUCAGUAAUUAAAACAACAUUUCAUAGUUGAAAUUUUAUUUUUUAUUAAUUCACCCAUUAGGGAACUUUUUUUUAAACCACAGAUAGGAAACUUAGGGUUUUUUUGUUUUUGUUUUUCUGCCAAGAAGCAUAGCCUUAAACACAUUUUUAUAUAUACCUUAUUUCUUAGCUAUUUAAACUUAAGCUGUUCUAAACAUUACUUAAUCAUAUUUAGUUGGCUAUUUUUCUACCAGACAAAUACACAAUUUUAGGGAGAGUCUUAUUCUAAAAUUCCUUUAUUUCAUAUCGAUGUGAUGCAUGUUUUUUAAGUGUAAUUACAAUAUAUGUAUCUGAGUCUGCACCAAAAAAAAAAUGAUGGGGGAAAGAUGAAUAUUAUUUGAAGAUAGGCAGAUACUUUGGAUUAGUUACAUAUUUUAAGAAGGACAUAAAAAGGACAAAAAUAUCACAUGAGGGAUUUGAACUUCACAGCUUCAUCAGCCUCUAAAAUAGACAUAUGAUGUAGUCUCCACCUGUUCUGGUACUUUUUAAAAAAUUAUUAUAGUUUAAAACUAUUUGUACAUCUAAAAAGACUGUAAAUCCCCAGAUGUUUAUUCCCCUAAAUCAGGUUUUUGCACUUUUAAGAAGUGAGACAUAGAAAAUUAGAAUUUUUUUAAAGCUUUAGGAUGCAUAUAAAAUAUCUCUUCUUAAAAAUCUCUAUGGAACAGUCGGCAAUUAAUAGAAUUGGAGAACAAAUUGAAACAUCCAAAUUUAUCAAUAGUUAUUCAUUUAACUAAGCAAUAAACUAAAGGAAUCUUACUCCCAGAAAGUGUUGUUUUUUUUGUUUUUUUUUUAACCUAUUAUUAGUUGCCUUGGAGGAAAACCCUAAAUGUAUAUGGUCAAGUGCAGAGGUUUAAAAAUAAACAAGUGUUUGUGGAGUACAGAUAUCUCAUUAAUUGGAGCAAAUAAGGAUAAUUGACAGAGUGGACUUUUGUUAGAUUAACCAGAGAUUAUUAGGAAAUAUAAGGAGUAAAACAUAAAGUUUAUUGGUGAAGUAUUCUUGUGGAGCCUUGGAAAAAUUUGAAUAGUGUCUUUUUUAAAUAUCAAGUAAAAUGUAUUAUUCCCUUGUCAAUGUUGAAAACUCUUAACUUCCUAAUGUGCCACAUUUUAUAUCUGUAAAUGAGUAUGCCUAAAUAUGGCAUUCACAUACAUACUAAAUAUGAGAGGGUUUUUUGGGGGGAGGGAUACAUAGAUCUUUAUCUUAUGUGAUGUGACUAACUCAUUAGCUUUAUUGACAAUGUUAUUUAAGAGAAAGUGCCUCAUUGCUAAAACUACAUUUCUGUCUUUUAGAUUUACUGCAUAAACUUUGAGUAAGAUGUCUUGGUUUGUGUUUCUUAGGAAUUGUUUCACUAUUUAAAUAGUAAUUUUAAAAAAUGAUAUGUUUAGAAAUUUUUCUUUUUGAAAGAUUUGUGUUAAAUAGGAAUCACCAAAGACACAUUUACUGUUAGGUAAUGAUGUUGGGGGAAAAAAGCAAUUUUAAUACUUUAAAGAUUGGAAGCAUUCAGUUUGGAGUUGAAUAAAUUUUCUAUUCUUUUAGGCAAUAAACCUUGAUUGAUUGCGAUAAAAUCCACCAAAGAAAGGCGUCAGACUGAACAUGCCUGGUGAGAUAAGUCAUGUAUAGGGUUUUUGUUUUUGUUUUUAGCAGCCUAUACCACCUUACAGAUUAAAAUAAAUCCCUAAAGAUGGGAAAUGAGAUGAGCACAAUUUUUAUUUCUUUGAAGUGAUCGGUGAUAAGAAACUGGAAUAGGAUAAAGAGAAAGACAUAGUGGAAUGGAAACUUGAAGUCUAUUCUUUUAUACUCUUGAGCUAGUUCUUUUACAGUAUAGUUCAGGUCAGAAUCUAAAAUUUUGAAAUGAAGCAUUUUUUCCCCUAUGGUGGCAAUGUGUUAUAGAUUUGUUUUUGUAUCUGAUCAAAUGAUGUGGGUGCAAGGUCUGUAAAAAGUACUAGGUAUACUUAACCUUUAAAGGGAAAAAAAAUGGUUAUUCUCUUUGACUUUCAGAAAAGCUUACCUAUAUUUUUGCCACCAGAAAAAAAAAAAAACAUAUCUUUUCAUAAGAGGGCAUGUAUUUUAUUCUUAAAAAGCAAAAAAAAAAAAAACAAAAACCAAAAAAAAAAAAAACGUUGUGAAGAAUUACUUUCGUUAUUAUCUAAAUAAGGAUCCAAAUAAGGGCUUUUCCAUUUUUCAAACUACAUUUUUGUCCUCCGGAUCUAUAUUGUUUGACCAGCUUCUAAGAGAAAUUAUCACCUUAUGCAGACCUUUUGAUAUCUCUAAGCAUCAGAACCACUUUGGAUGGGGCUUCCAGGGUAGAUAUACUUCAUGCCAAAUUCUGCCCUUUUAUGGAAAAAACAUGAUACUUUGAGUGUAAUGAUAAUUCAGUUAAAGUAAAUUGUGAAUCAGCCUAAUGUUGGUUGGCUGGUUAUAUGAAUUUAGAAGACAAAUGGUUGAGAUAACUGUUAUUCUUUUGAUUGAGAAUCAGAAAAGCUUAGAAAUGCCAUGAUCAUAAUUUGAAUCCAUUAAAUCCUGUGUCUGAAGGAUGAGGUCAUCAAGCUAAGAGAGAGGAGCACAGUGUCUGCCUUUGCUGGCUUAUGAACAAAGAGACGUCUUAAAGUGUGCUGUCAGACUCACAACCCUUCCAAAGCACAAAAUAUCCAACUCCUUCUGGAUUUACUUGACCUCGUGAGUAACAUUUUGAUGGGGAAGGGCCAAUUUGAAGGUUCAUAAAAAUGCAUUUUAAAUCUGUCAUACUGGGUUUGAUGGCUUUUUUCCCCUUAAAGCAACGUCAUUGCUUUCAAUAAUUUCAGAUUAUUGAUAGUAAAAAAGGAAAAGGAUGACUUUUUAACAUGAUGACUAAAGUUUUUACAAAUACUUUUGCUUCCUUGUAUUUUAAAAGAAAGUACUGCAGGAAAUUGAGCACAUCUUAGGAAAAUUUUUAAAAAAGGAAAAAGUAAUUGAACACAUUUGUAAUAACCCUUUAAGUAUGUCCAUUUAUGCAUUUUUCUCACAAUGAAAACCUGAUUUUUUUAAUUUAUGAUUGCUUCCCUGCCUCAACUGUCCUGAAACUUUAUAUCAAUUACUCUAAUGAAAGCAUAUAUAUGUGUAUAUAUAAAAGUAAAUAUAUGUAUAUGUAUGUGUAUGUGUGUGUAUAUAUGUGUGUGAGUGUGUAUAUACACACGCACACACAUAUAUACUAUUAGACCUAAUUUUUUUUCCUUUCUUUGAUGGAUCUCUAUGGGAUAUAGAUCUAAUCAAGAAAAGAUGUUGCUUAGUAUACGUUUCUAGGUAGUGUUUGAAAAACACUUAAAACAACUUCAUCCCUUAGUCUAUUCAUAUUCUGUGCAUCAAUUCACUGAAGAGUUCUACAUGUUAAAAUAUAUGCUGGGAUCAGCCCAAAGCAGUUUUCUUUUGUUAUUUGGAAUUUUUGGUUGUUUUGUUUUUAGGAUGGGGAUGGGAGGGGGGGUGGGCCUAAGUGACCUUAAGUAAAGCUGUGAUCCAAGUAAGGAGAAGAAAGGACCUCGGAUGUACCAAUGUUCUAAUGCUUCCUUGCAUCUGGUCAGCCACCAGAGUUGAUUGUCAGUUUUUAAUACAGUAGCCCUCACGAAACUGAAAAGAUCAUAGGUUAUAUUGUAAAGUUAUGUUGCUAAUUUUCUUUUAAAAUAUAAAAUAUUUUAAGCUUUUUGUCAAAAGUGAUAACAUCUUUAAUACAAAUAAACCUUUUUGUGGUUGUAAAAUUUAGCUUAUAAAUCAUUCAAAUUGAAGUGAAAGAAAUACCAGGUCAUUGUUAAUGACUUAGUCUAUUAAGAAUAUAUGUAUUUUUGUAAAGAAAAAGUACUUGUAGAUAUUUAAUCAGUCCAAGAAAUACCUUUGUUUGUUUUGCAAAAAUAAAAUGCUGCUUAGAGAAUAGUCCCUUAAAUAUUUUUUAUUUUUUUGUGCUCAAAUGUAUUUUCUGUUGAUUUAUGGAAUGUUCUGUAUAAAGCUGUGUAUAGUUGUUACAGUUGGGGCUAAAAGCAUUUUUUUAUCUGAACUUAGCCAAGUAUAUUUGACCAUGUCACAAAUAGUAUCUUUGUUAUUAAAAUUUUGAUUGCCUAAUAGGA